GCUUCUAACUGGCGUUUUUUGAAUAACGAGCAACCCAGGAUCUCACAUCCUAAAUAAUCACCAAUCCGCUUACCAAAGAUACUCGCAGUCCUUCCCGCAUCUCAAUCAUCAACCAGCAGCUCGUUAGAUUUCUCCGCUAUUCAAAUAUCAUCAAUAUCAAUUAACCCCGCGCAAUUCCCCUCAGCUUCAUCGAUAAGGAGACGCGCCUGAGCGUCCAGGUCGCGAAUAAUGGUACGCGACUACUCACCACCUGAGUCGCCGCUCUCAUCGGUGGACGAGUCAGACCAAUACGAAGAGGACGGCCAUGAGUACGAUGAAUCAACACUGCGACCCUCGAAGCGCCAGCGACUCGAAGCCGGUUCAACUACAUCUUCUGCUGUAGUUCCUGAUGUCGAAGCCGAAGCGGUGCCUGAACCCGAUCCCCUCGAGGGCAUGUCCGAUGUGUCAUCGGAUACCUCAGGCGAUAUCCCCAGUUCCCCGAUCAAUGCGCGCCUCGACGAAGAAGACUUCCAGGAACAAGUCACGAAAUGCGACUGGGAUGGUUGUCCAGCGGGCGACCAGGGCAACAUGGACAAGCUGGUUGAACACAUCCAUAACUCGCAUAUUGAGAACCGACAGAAGAAGUAUACCUGCGAAUGGAUGAGCUGUACUCGAAAGGGCCUACCGCAUGCUAGUGGUUAUGCUCUCAAGGCACACAUGCGCAGCCAUACAAGGGAGAAGCCUUUUUACUGCUACUUACCUGAAUGCGACCGGUCUUUUACGCGAAGCGAUGCACUGGCCAAACAUAUGCGUACGGUUCACGAGACAGAAGCACUCCGUCCAUCUGACCCUGUUCCCAAGUCGAUGCAAGCUGGGCCUCAGGGCAAGGGAGGCAAGAUAAAAAUCAUCAUGAAGACCAACCAACAAUCGCAAGGCCCCCAUGACGACAUGGACGAUGCUGCCAAUGGCGAUGAGUCCAACGCCGAGUACUUUACGCCAUUGACACCAGAUCUCUUCGCCCCUGAUGAGCUUAAGCUUCCUGUUGACAAGCUGUACCGAAAGUGCCAUUGGGAGAGUAAGUGGGCCGAGGAGAUUGGAGAUUCUCUUACGAAAGAGUGCAAGGAGUGGGAGGAAAUCUACUACAAGGAGUGGCUCGAGAAGGAGGUGUUGCUUUCGCAGGUCAUUAAGAGCGAGGUUAAUUGGCAUGAGCGACGACAGGCUAUCCUUACGGGGGUUGUCGAUGUUCACGUUCCUGGUGCUGUAGAGAGCGUCGAAGGCGAGAGAACAAACGGUGCGAACGCUGAAAGUGAAGGAGUUGCCAACGGGACAAAAGUGGCAGAGCUCACUGCGUAGGGAGAUCUUUCACCAAGGAGCACCGAUAUCUUGACACCUCGGCGAAAUCCACCCAGACAUCGUCGGAUACCUUGACCAUGGCAGGUAUAAUUGCACGCUUUGCACCAUAAAACUUUGCACCAUAAAAUAUUUCACGGGAAGGGAGUUGAGGGAGUUGGGUUAUGAGGAAAUUGGGAGCUUACAAUACACGGGUUCUGAUUCCCAAUACAGCUGACUAAAUCAUGAUUUAAUUAUAAACGAUACACAUACUUGCCCCCGUAGCAUGUUCUUACAAAGCCUUCUUCUUGGCCCGAUACGAUUGAGAGUUCUUGAAAGGGAAUCCGCUUGUGCUCUGGUCAAACUUGUGGUACCGGCUCGUCAUGGCUGUAUCACCAGCAAACAACACACAGUACAAUCCAAAGGUCGCAAAGACAGCACUUCCUACACAGCCCAGUAGAAACCCCGUUUCUCCAGUCCAGGAAUAGCGACCGUAGCAGUAAAAGGCGCUCGAAGCGUGGUGGAGGGUGGAUAUGAGGACCGCAGCGGAAGCGUAGGGAGACGGCGCGCCUUCGGGGGCUUCUGUCAUCGGGAGUUAGACAAUGCGACUCUAAAAAGAGAGGAGUUUGCCACCUUUGGAAGAAGAAUCGAGAGGA